AUGCCACCUAAAGGAUCCAAAAAGAAAAAGGCGGUUGUCAAUGCCACGGUUGAAGGACAAGAGGUUGAACAGGGUCCGAGCUCCGUGGCAGAAAACGAGCCACCUCAGGCUCCUGAAGCAGACCCCAAUGGCCGUCCUAUCCGAAGCACCCGUGGUCUUGGUGGAGUAAAUGCUCGGCAGGAGAAAACAUCUAACAUCAUUUUUAUUGACUUCGAGAAGGCUGGGAAGAGGAAGUCAAGGGCCGCCAAUGUGGAUACUAGCGCCAUGCCUGAAAAUGAGAUGGCGCCUCCCUUGAAGAAACCUCGCAAUGGGGUUACCGUUGUGUCGCAUGUAGGUCCCCCUAUUCAAAUGCAACCAAGGCCAACGCCUUCAGUUGCUCCUUGGGAUGUCCAACAAGUCCAACCAAGCCCACGACAAUCUCAGGGUGCCCCCCCUCCUGUCCAGAUCCAACGUGCAGCUCAGAGAAAUCAGGAGCACUCAGAGCUUGAUCAUGCUGUCCAAAGACCCACUGCCCCCAUCCAGCGCCCCGCUGCUCCGGUACAACAGCCAGCACAUCCUGUCCCGCGCCCCGUACAACAUGCAGCACAUCCUGUCCCGCGCCCUGUACAACACGCAGCAAAUCCUGUUCAGCGUUACGCUGCCCCUGCGGCAGAGAAUUCUGUCCAAUACUACGAUGCCCCCGUACAACAACCAGUGCAUCCUGUAACACAACAUGCCCCCGUACAACAGCCAGUGCAUCCAGCAGCCUAUAACGCCCACCAAGAGGCUAGCAUCAGCCAUCAAGACGAGGAGGAGCAACAAGAUUACGAAGGCAUAGAGCAGGAGGAAGAUGAGGAGGAGGAAGAGGGGGAUAGUGACGGUGAAAGGCGAUCUGAGGAAGCAUCAGGGGACGAAUGCAUGCAAGGAAUUGAUGAAGAGAAUAUUGGGGAUGAAGAAGCUCUCCAAUAUGUCGACGGUGAUGAAGGUUACGACGACGCGGGUCAAGAUGAUGAAGAGCCUGCUGCCCAGCUGGUUGAUGAAGUUUCCGAUGAUGAAGAGGAGAGGAGAGCAAGGGCAUUGCUCCGCCAGCCUUCCCCCCAUGUUGUGGAAGUAGAGGAUGUUCUUCAAGAACACCGUCGUCGUAAUCGGGCGAACAAGCCACCUCGCCCUGAGGCAUUGCGCAAGGCGGCUGUUUCGCAAGGAGCCGUAUCCCAAGGUUUGACAAGGGAGAACAACGAAGCAUCUGACGAUGAUGAGGUGCUUGGUGAGGCACACAUCGCUCAUAAGAAGUCCAGUACUUCUUCUGCUAGGGAAGUAUCCAAGCAUUCAGUUGCAUCCUUUACUGGUUACUGGAAAGAUGUGCUCAAAAUUGCACGCAAACUGAUGUGCCUGUAUGUAGUAGAGGAGGUCCCCUUUCCCACUCGGGAAAAUCACUUAUUAGUCGCCGAUGGAUGUGUGAAGAUGGCAGUAACCGUGUUUGAAAGAAUGAACACGGAUAAAGUGUUGCCUGAUAGUAAGUUCUGUCUUCUGUGA